AUGAUAACAUAGAUAUUUUAUGCGCUCACAAAAAUCAUCUCUAGUACACUACUCUACUCUACUCUACUCUCUAUCUCUAGAUAAUUAUUCAGAUUUAUAGUAUUUCGAUUUCACAGUUUCGUAACUCUGAAAAACCUCUCAAUAAACUUUGGAUUAUCCAUAAAUUGAACUGAGCUUUUGCUGAAACAAACAACUAUGGCCGCUUUCAGUGCUCUCUCACCCCGUCCGUACAACUUCUCGUGUCGCCCAAACCCUAACAAGAGUUCCUUCAUCCUCUACCAAUCCUUGAACCCUAGCCAUCAAGUUUGGAACCUAUUCUGUUUCCCAAGAAGAAGCAAGGAGGCUCGCUCCAGCAAGCGUUCCAUUUUGUGCUCUAUCGCCUCUCCUUCUGUUAGAGGUACUCAUGGAUCUAAAGUACCCCGGAAAAGAUCAGGAAAAAUGGAAGGGGCUCGAAAAAGUAUGGAAGACUCUAUUCAACGUAAAAUGGAGCAGUUUUAUGAGGGGUCUGAUGGCCCACCUCUCCGUGUUCUUCCAAUUGGUGGCCUGGGUGAAAUCGGGAUGAAUUGCAUGCUUGUUGGAAACUAUGAUCGUUAUAUAUUGAUUGACGCUGGCGUCAUGUUUCCGGACUAUGAUGAGCUCGGUGUCCAGAAAAUUGUACCUGAUACCACAUUUAUAAAAAAAUGGAGUCACAAAAUUGAAGCAGUUGUCAUAACGCAUGGUCAUGAAGAUCACAUUGGUGCGUUGCCUUGGGUAAUCCCAGCUUUGGAUCCCCAAACGCCAAUAUUUGCAUCAUCCUUCACAAUGGAGCUAAUUAAGAAGCGUUUGAAGGAAUUUGGCAUAUUUGUCCCAUCUAGGCUUAAGGUAUUUAGAACUAGGAGGAGAUUCAGUGCCGGACCAUUUGAAAUAGAGCCUAUCAGGGUCACCCAUUCUAUUCCUGAUUGUUGUGGAUUGGUUCUUCGCUGUGCUGAUGGAACUAUUCUUCAUACUGGGGACUGGAAGAUUGAUGAGUCACCCUUGGAUGGGAAAGUUUUUGAUCGUGAAGCUCUUGAGGAACUUUCAAAAGAAGGGGUAACAUUGAUGAUGAGUGACUCGACAAAUGUACUUUCGCCUGGAAGGACAGUUAGUGAGACUGUUGUAGCUGAUGCAUUAUCAAGGCGUAUUUCUGCUGCCAAGGGAAGAGUUAUUACUACUCAGUUUGCGUCGAAUAUACAUCGCCUUGGAAGUGUAAAAGCUGCAGCUGAUUUAACUGGCAGAAAGUUGGCAUUCGUUGGCAUGUCCUUAAGGACAUACCUUGAUGCUGCUUGGAAGGAUGGAAAGGCACCAAUUGAUCCAUCAACUCUGGUGAAGGUGGAAGAUAUUGAUGCUUAUGCGCCAAAGGACUUGCUAAUAGUCACAACUGGAUCUCAAGCAGAACCACGUGCUGCACUGAAUCUUGCAUCAUAUGGAAGCAGUCAUUCACUCAAAUUGAGCAAGGAAGAUAUAAUCUUGUAUUCUGCUAAGGUGAUCCCUGGUAAUGAGACUCGAGUAAUGAAAAUGCUAAACCGUAUAUCAGAGAUUGGAUCAACAAUAGUAAUGGGCAAGUAUGAGCAGCUGCACACAUCUGGUCAUGCACAUCGUGAGGAGUUGGAAGAAAUACUGAGGAUUGUGAAGCCACAACAUUUUUUACCUGUCCAUGGAGAACUAUUGUUCCUGAAAGAGCAUGAAUUGCUCGGAAAAUCAACUGGCAUUCGGCACACUACUGUUAUAAAGAAUGGAGAGAUGCUUGGGGUUUCACAUUUGAGGAACAGAAGAGUUCUGUCUAAUGGUUUCAUAUCCCUAGGGAAGGAGAAUUUGCAGUUGAUGUAUAGUGAUGGUGAUAAAGCAUAUGGAACAUCUACUGAACUUUGCAUUGAUGAGAGACUAAGAAUUGCGUCAGAUGGUAUUAUAGUGGUCAGUAUGGAAAUUUUACGCCCUCAAGAUGAUGAUGGCUUUGAGAAAACAAUAAAAGGGAAAAUAAGAAUCACUACACGCUGCUUAUGGCUUGACAAAGGGAAGCUUUUGGACGCUCUCCACAGAGCUGCCCAAGCUUCACUCUCAAGCUGUCCUGUUAAUUGUCCUUUAGCCCACAUGGAAAGAACUGUUUCUGAGGUUUUAAGAAAAAUGGUGAGAAAAUACAGUAGUAAAAGGCCUGAUGUCAUUGCGAUUGCCACAGAAAAUCCGGCAGGAGUUCUCUCUAAUGAGCUCAAUGCAAGGCUAUCUGGCAAGCUUAAUGUUGGUUUUGACAUAUCAACAUUGAAAAAAGUGGUGGAUGGACAACCAAAAAAGAGCAGGCUUAGCAGGAAACAAGUGGAAGAAGGUAGCAGCCACACACAAUCAUUAAACAACACGCAACAUGAACUGGAAGGUCAUGACAUUGAAGUUGAAAGACUUCAGUCUCAGAAUGCCACUACUUCAAGUUCCGACUUAUCAGAAGGAGCUUCUCUCAAUUCGGAAGAGUCGGAUGAUUUCUGGAAAUUAUACAUAGUGCCAUCACCAGUUGAUAAAGUAGUAAAAGAUGACAAUGGUUCUCUUCCAUGGGAGAAACAUAAAGAGGAGCUUAAGAAAGAAAGCAGCGAAGAUGACUCCACAGAAAUCCAAAAAUCUCUAUCAAAAUCUUCCAAGCCUGUGAAACGGAACAAAUGGAAACCUGAGGAGGUCAAGAAGCUGAUUAAAAUGCGUGGGAAACUCCAUAGCAGAUUUCAAGUUGUGAAAGGGCGAAUGGCUCUCUGGGAAGAGAUUUCAGCAAAGCUAUUGACAGAUGGGAUUAAUCGAAGUCCUGGGCAGUGCAAAUCUCUAUGGGCGUCCCUGAUUCAGAAAUACGAGGAAAGCAAGAGUGAUGAUAAUAGCAUGGAAAGUUGGCCUCACUUUGAAGACAUGAAUAAGAUUUUAUCUGAUUUGGAGGCAACAGCGACAAAAUGAUUGGAAUUGUAGCAAAACAGCUUGCCUUGCAGAAAAGAGAUUUUGUCAACAGUUCUUCAGAAAAGAUUGGAGGAAUCAGGAUUAUUGCCUUGAAUUCAUUUAGACUAUAAAUUCUAUAUCCUGAUGUGGGAAGUCUGUUUUAAUAGCAUAGGGAGCGACAAACUGGAAUUGGAUUAGCUUUGUAGCUCAAGGCCUUGCGGUAAAUUAAUUGAUCAUUGAGUGAGGUUUUUUUUAUAUGUAAUGGUUAUUGAGGAUGGUAUUCUUUUCUCUUUUAUUUUUGUUUCUCUCUCA